AAGAUCCUCCCCUUUUGAUAAGAUAUAAAUGAGCACUGAAGCAGGUGCAGUAUUACAUUCUCCUGAUCAAAGAUGGAUCUGCAAAUCUCAGUUUUUCUUCUCUUCAUUCUUUUCACUGCAGGACACUCUCUCAGCUGUAAUCUGUGUGCGUCGAGCUCUUGUACACAGCAAACAUGCUCCAAUGGAUCUACCAACUGCUUCGGUUUAACAACUGUUGUAAAUACUACCAUAACUAAGCUUAGAGGUUGUAAUCCAGCAAGUACCUGUGCAAAUGGGUCCCUCAGCUUUGGCUCAGUAAAGGCCUCUACUUCCUGCUGUAACACAGACCUGUGUAACUCCCAAGAUGCUCCAGAGCCCUCUAACACCACGAAUGUAAAGAAAUGUUUCAGUUGUGAUGGAACAACAAUAAAGAACUGCACAAACGUUUUGAGCUGUUCAGGGACUGAAGACCGCUGCUUUACAGUGACUGAUGUAAAUCAGACAGCGGUUGUAAAAGGCUGUGCCACCAAAUCAGUUUGUGAUGCAGCAACAGCUGUAGCUACUAUUUUUAACCUUGCGAACGCCACUUGUUGUGAUGGGAACCUGUGUAACGGUGCUCAGAGUGUCUCCCAGAGCUUCCUGUUCCUCUGCUGUUCUCUGCUCUCCUACUUCCUGCUGCACUGAAUCCAGCAGCUCUUCAUCCUACAAUCAGACACACUGUACUGAAUAUAGAGCUCAUAUUUUUAUCUGAACUAGAUUUGACCUGGUAUGAGGAAUUUAAAACAAUAUACAAAAUCUGAUUAGUUACAUUUUACAUCAUACAUUUUAUGAAAUAUUAAAUAAAAUGUAAUAAUCACUGAAAUAAAACGUAAUGAUCACCUUUG